GUUUACAAAACAUGGGAAGUUUUGGGCAUUAUAUAUGUUUGAUUGAUAGUGAGAAAAGUUUCAAUUUGAGAAUUGAACCUGUGACUUGCUCAAAUCCAGGGAUUGAUAUGCGUAGGGAAUGCCCAAACCAGGAAUUCAUUCGCAACAUGCCAACCUGUUGUUGGAGGAUCCCACAUUAUGGGAAUCAUCUUGGACCGAUGAAAAUCACAGCUUGUAUAUUAAGUACAUAGAGGAUGCCUUUGUCUCAGUACUUUAUCAGAAAGGCAAUUAUACAUAUCCCUGUAAAAGAUGGCAAGCAUAUAGAGGAGAAAUAGCCUCUGUAUUUGGUCUGGAUUUAAAUGAGGAAGUUGAAUUUGGUCAAGUACUGUUUGGGUUUCCUGAGGAAAGCCAAAGGGAAAGUGAACCAGAAAAGCCUAGCCUCUAUCAUGAUGUUCAAAACCAUUCAAAAAAGUAUGGAUUGAAGGAGAUAUGCAGCAGUAAUGACACAUCUCGGGAACAGGAUAGGAAUGGGAGAAGAAACAAGAGGAAAUUAUACCAUGGAGCCACAGAUCCAGAGAGGGAAAUAGCAGUUGUAUUCGAAGAAGUGCAGUCAAAGCAUAAUGAUGAACGUGCAAGCAAUUUCUAUGCCGAGCGAAAUAGGUUGACAGAAGAUACAACUGUUUCAGAAACUUCAGUGAAAACCUUGAGUAACAACGAGGAGGACCAGGUGAUUUCAUCUAACAAUGAGAGAUCUCCCAAGGAAGAUGGCAAGGCAUGAUAAGAGUAUUUAGUCUGCAGCUUGAAAGGCCGACAAAAUAUCUCAGUCAAUUAAUUGGAUGGAAUGUCUAAUUAUGCCUAGAGGUAUCUACAAUGACAUACAAGUAUUAGUAAACAAAAAACUGAUUUUGAAUAAAUUUGACGUGUAGAUGACAGGUAAAUGCAUGCAUGUUUCAGUUUCUCUAUAAGUAUUAUUUUAUUAUUAUGAAUAAAAUAGAAUCAUCGCCACUUGUCUCUAAGUA